AUGUCCGGCGUCAUUCGCUCGACCGCCCUCAGGGCCGGCGGAGCCUGCGUGCGCUGCCGCAAGGGCAAGACAAAGUGCGUCUACGAUCGCGGGCCCAGCCAACCGUGCAAAAACUGCUCAAAGGGUAUGCACGACUGCUAUCUUCCAUCCGAGAGCGCCGCCCACCACAACGGCCAGAGUCCUGCUCGUCAUACCAACCAGUCGCGCCCGUCGCGCGACAGUCUCCCGGCCUCCGGGUCCGGGUCCUCUGACGCCAGGCAAGCCGUUGUGGGCUCCAGCGGCCCCAGGCAUACGCAGACGAGCUCCGAAAAGCUGACCCCAGAGCUUGUUGCCGAAUGUGAGCGCGUCGUCUCGAAGACGUUUCCAGCCUGCGUCGCCUUUCACAAGCCUUCCUUUGUUCAACAACUCAAGAAUGCCUCGCUCGAGUCCACUCUUGUUUACGGCCUCUUGGCUUGUGCUGCCCGGAGCUCCCCUAGCCUGAUCCGCCGCUAUGGCACGGCCACCCAGGCUGCCGAGACGUAUGCUGCCAAGGCCAUGAGCCUCAUCAACAGCAAUCUCGACCAUCCAAACCUUGCCGACAUCCAGGCACUCUGCCUCGUCAUCAUUCACGAAUGGGGUUCGCGCAAUGCUGUCAGAGCGUACAUCUAUCUCGGCCAGGCCGCGCGCAUGCUGCAGAUGUAUCGCAUCCUCAACAGCCACCAUGCUGGUGACAGUGCCGACCAGUGGCUGCGUGAUGAGAGCUGCCGUCGAACUCUCUGGCUCAUCUACAUCCUCGACUGCCUUCUUACCAGUACUCCCGGUCGCUUCCCCGCCUUGACUGCCCAGGAUACUGCCACAGUCUCUCUUCCUUGCUCAGACAUGAACUUUGCCUUUGGCAACGCCGUCUACAUCAAGUCGCUGGUGCAGUACCUUAACGGGGCCACUCUCUCGCCUGGCCAUGUGCCCACUGCCGAGGUUGGCGAGUAUGGCUACAUCGUGAUUGCCGCCACUCUUUGGCGUGACGUGGUUGGUAUGCUCACCACGAGCCCACUGCGUGCAUAUGAUGAGGAGGACUGCUCCAACCUCAUUGUCAAGAUUGAGGAUCUACGCGCUACGCUGCCCAUGCAGUACGUCGAUAAGCCUGGCCAGAUCAACUUGCACAUGACCAUGGGCUCGGGCUACACAUUUGCCAUGCUGCACUGCCUUUUGCACUGCGCCACAGUCUUUGUUCACCGACGACGCCUGCUACAGGACGUCUAUGCUCACGCCUUCAAUGUCGACACAUACCGUAUGAGUGGUCGCGGUCAUGAUAUCAUUGAUAGGCUCUUCAGCUCAUGCCAUGCUACUCUUUCGUUGCUGACUGCUGUUGAGUCGGGAGUUGAGAAAGAGCAGCUGCCGUCCUUCCCCAUCUUUAUGCUUUUCUCCGCCUUUACCGCUAGCGCUACUGUCGCUUAUCUGUCUCUCAAGGGUCUCACUCCCAACAAUGCUGUCGAGACCGCUGCCCACAUUGUUAGAGAUGGCCUCCGGUUCAUGGCCGAUGGCACUGAGAACUGGCCGCUGAUGGCCAGCUGGCAGCGACACCUCACCGUCAUGCAGCGUGUUCUCAACAACGAUGCCGCCGCCGCUUCCGGCCGCUCAAACUCCCACGCCAACAGUCACAACGGCAUCAAGGACGAGGUCUCCUCCAACGCCGACACCAACCCCGAGGCUAUGGACUAUGAUCAGAGCAAUGGCCCGCAGCAUGCGACCCCACGUUCCGUGGGUGAGCACUCGCGUGACGAUAGUGAGCCUCCUACCAUGACCAUUGCCCGCCGUCCUGGAGUUACCACCAUAAAUGGUCACUCGAGCGGCGUGGGCACACCCAACGACUCGACACCGCCACCGAGUAGCGCCCCUCAGGCUGCCAUGCAUAGUGAUGUGAAGCGACAGAGCCCAGAAGCCACAACCAACGGCAGCUCGUCGCACCCACCGGAGACGCAGACUACUGCCACUAGCCAGGACAUGACUGCUCCCGAGCUGUGCGCUGCAUUCGAGCGGCAGCUCCUUGAUCUAGACGACCUUGCCGCCUUUAUGGGUGGUGGUGUUUAA